UGAAUUUUAAAUUUUUCAAGCUGAAAAAGGCGCCAUAUUGUACCUCUUUAGUUUAGUUUCUCUUAUUUCUUUUAUGUUAACUUUCUAGUGGCAUCUUUUACUGUCAUGGCUGACAUCCCUGAAAAUCUGAGUGACUUCAAGCGUCCACGGCUUCAAGCCUUGUGUAAGAAAUACAAAAUCAAAGCAAAUAUGAAAAAUGUGGAAAUGAUAUCAGCAUUAAAUGAGGAAAGGGAUAAAUUUUUUCGUGAACGUGAGCCCAUUAGCCAAGAGCCUGACGAAACUAUAAAUGAUGAAAGAGAAGAGGAAGCCACAGAACACUCAAUGGAAGAGGAAAUAGGUGGUAUUGGGAGGAGCUUACCAGAGGAUUGCCCUCAAAAUCAGCCUACACCAGACCCAGUGAGUGUACCAGACCCAGUAGCUGUACCAGACUCGGUGACUGUACCAAACCCAUUGACUUUACCAUGUGAUUCAACGACUGAGUCUUCAGUUAAUGGUGAUUCUUGUAAAGACGUUGAGAUUAACAUAAAAUUGAGUUCGUCUCUCUCUGAGACUAAACAAGAUCAAAAGAGCAGUGCUAUCAGCCUCAACUGUGAACCCAACCCAGAUUUAAACAGUAACAUCAACGUACGGGGAAUAUGUGUCUCUCCUCCGAAUAAAGAUCCUGUCAAGGAGAAGACACCAGAGGCAUCUUUUGAAGCUAAAGACAUGUCCUCCAUCAGUAACAUGACUUCUAUUGCUAACGCUGCUACACCUAAUAUCUCUUCCUUUAACAUGGCUUCUCUUGCUAAUGCUCCUACCCCUGACACCUCUUCUUUCGUAUCUGAUGCCGACCUUACUGAUAACAACGUUGUCUUGAAAGAUCCUGUUCCUAUUAACAAUGAAGGUAUUAAUACUGAGGGUUGCGAGAGGUCUUCAAAACAUGACGAGACUUUUACCAUUGAGACGCCAGAAAAAGACAUUGUCCCACUUUUGUCCGGAGUGACGGCUUUUAAAGAGUCUCUGAGUCUCACACCUAUACAGAAACCAAGUACUCCGCUGAGAGGGGUUUGGGCUUUAAGAGAGAGCGAGGAUACUCCGUCAUUUCUUGUUGAUGCAGACUCAUCUCAUGAAGCAGGUGUUGAACCAGGUGCAAAAGAAGAGAAUACAGGAGAGAAUAAAGAAGAAGAAGAAGGAGCUGAGCCUGUUGGAGAAUGUCGUCCUGUAAACGUAACUCACGUAAUAUCUGAAGAAAAAGAGAACACGGAAGAGAAAAACUAUCAUGAGGAGAUUAUGAGCCUCCUAGAAAAAAGAGUAGAGGAAGCCAAGAGCAGACCUGAUUACGUGCCACCACAACCAACUAGAAUACCUAUCAGUACCUCACGUGUCCCUCAGACUAAGAUAGCACGCAAGUUUGAUGCAGCUCAUUCCAGGGAAUUUGCAAAAAUGAAGUCUAUUACAGAUUCUGUACCAAGAACUAAGAGACCACGUGUAACAGAGAGUACCCCUAGCACUUCUGAUAAUAAAAGACGAAAAGUUGGUGAUGUACAAAGUGCCCCCUUAUUACAAAGUGUAGCAGUGGAAAGGAAAACUCCACGGACAGAUACAAAAAGAAAAACAGUUUCUACUCUUUCAACUAAAAAAGUUAGCACUACUUUUACCAAGAGUGCUAAAAAAGACGGCUCUCAAAAACCUCACUGGCGCUAGGCGUUAACUUUUGACUUUGGUGCAUUAUUAUUAUUAUUAUUAUUAUUAUUAUUAUUAUUAUUAUUAUUAUCAUUAUAAUCCAAUUCUUGUAUUUCUAAUCCAACCUUCACUUGAUUUCAUUAUAAUAAAUGCAAUGUA